AUAAAAGGGAGGUGUGUUCAGCUCAUUAAAUCAGUCUUGUCUGUUUCAGCUUCAUCGCAGCAACAAACAAGUCUCUCACAUCUGCUGCAGUUUGAGUUUCAAUUACAUUACAUCAUGGGUAAUCACGGCUUUACAUUACUGUUGGCCGUUGUCUCGUUAAUGGCUGGGUCUAUCAAGUGCGGACCGAUGGGCUCGUCUUCUGGUGGAUAUGGCUCCUAUUCUUAUCAGACAACAACUACCAAGGAGUACUACACUACUGCCUCCUACUACACCACCAAGGCUCCCGAGUACUACACCACGACCUCCUACUAUACCACCAAGGCGCCGGAGUACUACACAACAACGUAUGCAGCUCCCACCUAUUACACCGAGGCCCCGAAGUACUACACCACCAAGGCUCCCGAGUACUACACCACAGUUUCCUACUACACAACAAAGGCGCCCGAGUACUAUACUACAAAGGCCCCUGAGUAUUACACCACAAAGAAGGUCGAGUACUACACAACAACCUACGCUGCCCCUAGCUACUACACCGAGGCUCCGAAGUAUUACACCACCGAGGCUCCAAAGUACUACACCACAACGUAUGCGACUCCUAGUUAUUACACCGAGGCUCCAAAGUACUACACCACCAAGGCACCCGAGUACUACACAACACCGGAGACGUACUACACCACGACCUACGCAGCCCCCAGCUACUACACCGAAGCUCCCAAGUACUACACCACCAAGGCACCUGAAUACUACACUGAGGCUCCAAAGUACUACCCGGCUCCAAGCUACACCACCACAGCAGCUCCUUACUACACCACUGAACCUGUAAAGUAUUACGUAGCCCCGACUUACUACCCCACUGCUGCCCCAUCUUACUAUGUUGAGCCAACUUACUACACCGAGGCUCCGCAAUAUUACUCAGCUCCUAGCUACUACGAGACCGAGGCACCAAAGUACUACACAACUGCCGCCCCAAGCUACUACACCGAAGCCCCUAAGUAUUAUGCUGCUCCGAGCUAUUACCAGACUGAAGCGCCCGUUUAUUAUACUAAAGCUCCCGAGUACUACACCACCAAGGCUCCAGAGUACUACACUACGACCUACGCAGCCCCUAGCUACUACACAGAGGCCCCAAAGUACUACACCACCAAGGCACCUGAAUACUACACCGAGGCUCCAAAGUAUUAUUCAGCUCCAAGCUACACCACUACAGCUGCUCCUUACUACACCACUGAAGCUGCCAAGUAUUACGUAGCCCCAACUUACUACACCGCUGCUGCCCCAUCUUACUAUGUUGAGCCAACUUACUACACCGAAGCACCUCAAUACUACGCUGCUCCCAGCUACACCACCAAGGCUCCAGAAUACUACACCACUGCUGCCUACUACACCACUAAGACACCCGAGUACUAUACCACUCCGGCUCCUUACUACACUACGACUUAUGCAGCUCCUACCUACUACACUGAGGCCCCAAAGUAUUACACCACCAAAGCAGCCGAGUACUAUACAACUGCCUCCUACUACACCACUAAGGCGCCAGAAUACUACACCACCAAGAAAGCUGAAUACUACACUACUCCGGCACCUUACUACAGCACUACGACCUACGCUGCUCCCAGCUACUACACCGAGGCUCCCAAGUACUACACCACCAAGGCUCCCGAGUACUACACAACGGCUUCCUACUACACCACAAAGGCACCUGAGUACUACACAACCAAGAAAACUGAAUACUACACUGAGGCUCCCAAAUAUUAUUCCGCCCCAGCAUACUAGAUGUUGUUAAUAUUUUAUGUAGAGAGAAUUUCUUUAUUUAUUAUUUGUUUCGCUCGCAUGUCAAUUAGAAAGUGAGUGUAUUGCUGUUUUUUAUUUUGUACUUUGCAAACUGCAGCUAGUGAGAGCCAGAACAAUACAGCAAGUGCCAAGAA